AUUGCAUUUCAUGCAGCAUAGUCCAACUACCAGGCUCAUCAUUCUAAGCCUUCGCAAAGGCAAUAAAAACAAGUCUUUGAAUCACUAUGGUAAAAAUAUCGGUGUUGCAGCAUGCACCUUCUACACACUUGCCAAGUAGACCAGGAGAUCCGGUUCCAACUUCACGCAAUCUUGAUCCCUUGAUGCAUCCGUUUUCUCGCGCCAGAGAGCGGACCCGUGCUUUGAACGCUGCAAAGAUGGACCGCUUGUUCGCAAAACCAUUCGUAGGCAGUAUGGAAGGUCACAUCGACGCUGUAGAGGUCUUGUGCAAAAAACCCGGUUCAUUGAACACUGUGGCCAGCGGAAGCUGGGAUGGAGGGAUAAUUGUACAUGAUAUCGCUCAACGGAGGCCUCUACGCCAACUUCAAGGGGCACACAAGGGAAAGGUAUCAGGUCUUUGCUUUGCGGAAGGGGAUCGACUUCUUAGUUGUGGGGUUGAUAGCAACAUUAAACUUUGGAAUCUAGCAGCGGAUGGGGAUGGAAGCACUUCCUCGGAAACGCCAUUAAACAUCUUUCCAGGCAAAUCUCCUUUUAAUUCUAUAGACCAUCACCGAUCAGGCCCUAUUUUUGCAACGGCCUCAAAUACUGUGCAGAUCUGGGAUGAAACGAAGAGUGCUGCAGUAUCGAAUAUUACCUUUCCCACUUCAACAGAAACAAUAACUGCUCUUCGGUUCAAUCUAAGUGAGACAUCUGUUUUGGGAAGUAUAGGUUCCGAUCGCACUUUUACACUAUAUGACAUUCGAACCGGAAAAGCGGAACGAAGAGUUGUUAUGCAGAUGCGCAGUAAUUCCUUGGCAUGGUCACCCACGUUCCCAACUACAGUAUUGUUGGCUUCAGAAGACCAUAAUCUGUAUACUUUCGAUGUACGCCAAUUGUCGGCGCCAUCACAGAUAUACAAAGCACACGUGGCUGCAGUCAUGAGUUGUGAUUGGAGUCCUACAGGUCUGGAGUUUGUCAGUGGAGGAUGGGAUCGGACAGUGCGGAUAUGGAAAGAAGGCCAUGGUCAUGGCCCCGAAGUUUAUCACACAAAACGGAUGCAAAGAGUAUCCUCUUCAAUAUUCACUAACGAUGCACGUUUUGUAUUGACUGGUUCAGAUGACGGUAAUGUGAGAAUAUGGAAAGCUAAAGCUUCAGAGAAGCUGGGAAUUGUCACCGCCAGAGAAAGAGCCGCCAUAGAAUAUCGAGACAGUCUAAAGGACCGGUGGAAAUGGGACUCGGAGGUGGGGAAAAUAUCACGGUCUCGUCACCUUCCAAAACCCGUGUAUCAAGCAGGGAAGCUCAAGAACACAAUGCUGGAUGCGCGCAGGGUCAAGGAGGAACGCAGGCGAAAACAUACUCGGGCUGGCGAGAACAAGCCCAAGGCGGAGAGGAAAAAAUAUGUUCUGGCAGAACAGUCAUGAUGACGGUAUAUAUGUCGUUUCGCAUUUUCGUGGUUCACAUUCGGUAGCAAGAAUAUGGUGUCAAGUUCCGGCAACAGCUUGUCAGUACAGCAAUUCAACAACAUGACACGUUAGCGGUUUGAGU